GGUUUACGUCAUCACUCUGCGACACGUCAACAGGCAGAACUUUGCAUGAGCCAACAGUGUGUAAUUCAGCAGAAAGCGACUGGCACGUAUUUCUAGACCAAAUUUUCCGUUUUUAACUAUUGCUGAUAUUAUUAAAGGUUUAAUAUUUAUACAUUUAAAACAUUCAUAGGUAAUUUGAUUCAGCAACGUCGCGGUGGGUUUGGUUCUGGCAGGUGACAGACAUCUGCGAACUGACUGGUCCUGUAAAACAAUAUCUAUAGUAAACAGUGAUAAAGGUUUCGGGGUUUGUUUUGACCUUAAAGUGUUUUUGUCUCCAUUUUGGAUUUGAAAAUGAACGAAGAAGAACUGGUGGAGUACUUCAGGGCUCAGAUGAGGAAAGACCCGGACAUGGCCUCUGCCGUGGCAGCCAUCCGCACCCUGCUAGAGUUCCUCAAGAGAGACAAAGGUGAAACCAUCCUGGGUCUGAGGGAGAGCCUGACGUGGGCUACAGACUGCCUGAAGGGAGAGGACUCCUCUGUGGCCGUGUCGUCUGGAGGAGAGCUGUUCCUGCGCUUCAUUAGCCUCACGUCCCUGGAGCAUCAGGAUUUGUCUCGCUGUAAGAAGGUGAUGGAGGAAAGAGGAGAACUAUUUCUAGAGAAGAUCUCCAUGUCCAGGAACAAAGUCGCUAAGCUCUGUCACACCUUCAUCAAAGACGGCGCUAAAAUCCUGACUCACUCGUACUCCAGGGUGGUCCUGCGGGUGCUGGAGAAAGCCGCGGCGGAGAAGAAGCGCUUCUCCGUUUAUGUGACCGAAUCGCAGCCUGACGCCGCAGGACGGCAGAUGGCAGAGGCCCUGAAGAAACUCAACGUUCCAGUAACAGUAGUGCUGGAUGCAGCUGUAGGGUAUGUGUUGGAGAAGGUGGACCUGGUCAUUGUGGGAGCAGAGGGAGUCGUCGAGAGCGGAGGGAUCAUCAACAAGAUCGGCACCUAUCAGAUGGCUCUGUGCUCCAAGGCUCACAACAAGCCCUUCUACGUCGUUGCAGAAAGUUUUAAAUUUGUUCGUCUGUAUCCGCUGAACCAACAGGACGUGCCCGAUAAGUUUAAGUACAAAGCCGACACCCUGAAGAGCAUCCGGAACCUGUCGGAGGAGCACCCGGUCAUCGACUACACGCCCCCCUCCCUCAUCACCCUGCUCUUCACAGACCUGGGGGUCCUCACCCCGUCGGCCGUCAGCGACGAACUCAUCAAACUGUAUUUAUAA